ACGAGGAUGCGAAACGUAAUCGAUUAUCAAUGCACUCGAGGCGUAUUCCUCGAACGGUAAACCCGAAUAAAAUUAAAUAAAUUGUGGUAAACCGCGAUAUCGUAGAUCCCUAGGAGUUGAACAUCGACAAUUCAGAAGAAGAAAAGGAGAAGCAGAAAAAUGUCAAAUGCGGAGCGAAACACGCAGGGCAGAAUUUUCACCUUUCCGACGGAUAUUGGCGCAUGUCAGUAUGUCACUCGGCUGGCCGGCGCGUUAUCGUUGAUCCCUGCGUCAAUGACACGUCACGACCAGUCAUCGAUUAAGGCCGAGAUGACCGCGGAGUUUUUUGCGGCGUCGAAAACUGCAAAUCUUGUGUAAUGUAGUGGAGAUGGAGAUGGAGAUUAAACCGUAAAUCGAUUGUAUCGUCGCGCAACUCGUAUAAUUUCCACAGAUGUUCAUGUGCUUCAAUAAGUAGUUUACAGUUAUUUCUUCAACGAGCACAGCCAAUAAUCAAUACAGAUAACCGACAAUAACAAUGGCGAUUGGCGAAGAAACCGGUAAUGGGGGCAUUAGCGGCUUCGGUCUAGAAGAUGACGCUGCCGGAUCGAUCCGAAUAGUCAAUCGCACAACCACAGACGAUCCAAUUAGCACGUCAAGUCAUGUUCAGGCCGACCUCGAUAAUUUUGAUUCAGGCAAUCCCCUUCUGGCUGAGAGCGCAGCAGUAACGAUUGAUGCAUCGAUCGGAAAGCUGAGAAGAAUACAUAAAAUGGAGAAUGCGGAGGCAUCACAGACAGAUGGUAGUGCGAUGUGCCGAAAAGGAGAUUUCGAUGAUGAAAACCACGCAAACGAGUCGGUGAAUACGAUUGAGCCACCUGAUGGUGGUCUCAGGGCCUGGAUGAUUAUGAUCGGUAGCUUCACAAUCAACGGUGUACUCUUCAGCAUCAUCAAUUCGUAUUCCCUCAUCUAUCAAGAGCUACAAAAACGAUUGAUAGAAGCCGGCGAAACCGAAGUCUCCUCCAAAGCAGCUUUAGUAGGCUCGCUAACUAUUGGAACCACGUUCUUUCUGUCUCCGAUUGCCGGUAUAUUAACGGAUAAGUUCGGCAUCCAGACAACAACCUUCGUGGGAGGUGCAAUUGCAUCCGUUGGCCUGCUUCUCUCCUCACUGCUGACGGCCAAGGUGGAACUGCUCUUUUUGACAUACGGUGUUAUGUACGGGCUUGGUGCAAGUCUCGCUUAUACCCCUAGUCUAGCGAUAUUGGGUCACUACUUCAAAAAAUAUCUGGGACUGGUGAACGGUAUUGUCACAGCCGGAAGCUCAAUAUUCACGACAUUAUUGCCAUCCCUAAUGGAGGUCCUGAUCCUGCGUUUAGGCCUAGAAGGAACACUGAGGAGCUUGGCUGUACUCACAGCUACCAUCAUGGCUUGCGCAAUUCUUUUUAAGCCAAUUCCACUAACAUCGCAAGGAGACAAAUCGCAUAAAAUCAAAUCUCUACGAAAUCAUAUGAAAGAAUUCGUAAACGUAUCUAUCUGGAAGAAAAAACGAUACGUCGUAUGGGCUGUUUCUAUUCCUCUCGCUCUUUUUGGAUACUUCGUCCCAUACGUUCACAUAGGAAAGUUCGUGACUACGACGUUCAAAGAUGCUGAUAGUAAGCUGCCGGUCAUGUGUGUUGGUAUCACAUCCGGUAUUGGCCGCUUAAUUUUUGGUUACAUCGCCGACCUACCGAAAGUGAACCGAAUAUUCUUACAACAAAUAUCAUUUGUGAGUAUCGGCGUCCUCACGAUGCUCCUUCCAGUCACUAAAUCGUUCCUCAUGCUCCUCAUCAUUUCAUUGGGGAUGGGACUGUUUGAUGGAUGCUUUAUAUCGUUACUUGGUCCGAUUGCAUUCGAUAUUUGCGGCCGUAGCGGCGCAACUCAAGCCAUAGGUUUUCUUCUGGGGAUGUGUUCUAUACCUCUAACGGUUGGUCCACCAAUCGCAGGCCUCCUAUACGAUCAUACUGGUACCUACGAUCUACCUUUCUUACUAGCCGGCGUUCCUCCGAUAAUAGGAGCAUUGACGAUGUUCUUAAUAAGAUGCGUUAAAGAAAAUAAUGAGGGAAGUUUAAACGAUUCUGAGAAUGUCCCAAGCAAAACAGAUUGUCAAAAUGCAAGAAUGAAGAAUAGUGAUUUUUCGCCGGCGAGCAUAGUCGAGCAAACAUGCGAAUCAGCGAUGCAAGAGAAAUAUAGUACAAUGUGCAAAUCCCUGCCAUCGUCUCAGUGCUAUUGUGUCAAACAACUGGUUAAAUUGCAAAACUGUUCAGCAUGCAAUAGUUAUCAACACAAGUACGCCAAUUACUGCAGAUAUUCGGAGAGUGAACCAUUACUUCAUAGAGAGAAAAUCUGACGAUAUCCGAAUAUAUUGGGUCAUCUAAAAACCGCGGAUACUUUUUAAAUGACCCAAUAAUUUUUUCUUACAAUUUAUAAUAAGUUAUCAAUGUUUUACAUGUUUUAAACUUACAUUUUGACUUACAUAGCAAAUUCUUUGCUUUGAAGAAUUCCAUUGUUCGUUAUUCACUUGCAAGUGUGUGUUCAGAUUCCAAUUCGGUUGCUUCCCAGAUAUCUUGUUAUCCUUGUUUAAUAUUCGAUAAACAAAAAAAAUAAAAUGAUACCUAGGAAUCUGAACAUAGCCUAAAUAAAGACGAAAUCCAUUAAAAAA